AUGGGAAAAUAUUUCGAAACCAAAGUUGUAUUGAAAAAAUUAGCACAUACAUCAGAAUUGAAAGCAUUUGAUGAAAUGCUUUGCGAAAAUAAGAAUUUACAAUUUCUUUGUAAAAAUAAUUUGAAAAUAAAUAAUCACAGUUCUCAAGUUGAUUUUUAUGAAUUAGUUAAAAGAAAAUUAAUCUCUAGUUUUACGCAAGAUGAUAAUAGUCUUUUAAGGCUUUGUCCAAAACCACUUUUGCUUCAGAUAUUACCUGAAAGCAAAGGAUGGCCAGUUCCAAAAUAUUUAGGCUCUUGUGGAAGAAUCAUUGUUGAAGAAUAUGUAGGAUUACCAAUUGUAACAUAUUAUGAUGCACCUUGGAUUUAUAGAGCAAAGAUAGUUUCAAGUCUUUUAAAUGCUGCAUAUAUGUUUACGUUUAAGAAUAAAGAUUUCGGAUUUUAUUUGACUGAUAUUUCUAUAGAUAACAUAGCAAUUAAUUCAGAUGGCAUUGCCAAAUUCAUUGAUUUAGAAAAUAUCAUUGUUAUUCAUAAUUCUAUAUAUAUUUUAGAUAAAUCUACAACAUGGUAUAAAAUACAAGAGAAUACGAUUGAUAUUAAUUGCUUAAAUUGUUUUUCCUUCUCUUCUAUAGAUAUUUGCAAUCAUCAAUUAAGUGAUCACAAUUAUUAUGCUAUUUGUCGGAUCUUAUUGUCACCAAAAACUAGUGAUACUUUAAUUCCUGGUGGCUUUUUACAUGACAUACCCAAUAAUAUUUUACAACAAUAUCCAGAUUUGGAAUAUUUAAUAAAGCAAUGUGCUAUACUAUCAUAG